AACGUAUCUACCUAUGUAACCUUAUUCUUUGAUUAUAACGUGAAUACAUAUUCGUAUUUUCUUUUCGGAAAUGACGUAAUUAAUAAUAUCUUAAGGUUGGUAAUGGAAUGUCACUUUUUUCUCUGAAAUUUUUAAACUUACUGUAAAAUAAAAUGCGAUAUAUCAACAAUAUAAGGAAAAGGUUCAGUAGUGAACAAUGAAGAACUUUCAAAUUUAAUUGAAUUUUUUUAUUAAGAACUUGUUUGUACAUACUUAAAUAAUUAAAACAAUUACAAAUUGCGAAUGUUAUAUAAAAUAAGCGAUAAAUAUUAAUUGACUAUAUUAUAAGCAAUGACAGGAUAGCAAACUUAAAUUAGGCGCUCCAGUAUAUAGCAAAUAGGUUAUGCCCGUAGAACACGUCACUCUCGUUUCAUCAUAAUUCGUGUCGUAAGUUUCAGUGAGGAGCUUUAACGAAAUUUCAGUAAUAUAUUCGUUUACUAUGGUAAAAGUUUAGUAUUGCAAGGGGAUAUGAUUAUUUCGAAUAUCGAGAUCAUAUGCGAUUCAUUUUCAUUCGGUACUUUUAAAUAAGAGUUGGUGUGCGUGACCAAUUUUGCCAACUAUUUCCGGAAUAAUACGUUUUCCUUGAGGUGACGUUUGCUAUUAUUGUCUGUAAGGUGUGUUAACGGCAUUGUUGUAAACGUCGUCAUACUUUUAAGAUUCUGAGAAUCUUAAUUUCUUGUGCGAUACGUAUCGCCAAAAGAGAUACAGUGAUACGUAUAUAGUUUGAAAAUUUUCCAAUUAAAAGGGUAUUUAGUUCGAACAAUUGAAACCACGUCAGUGUCUUCCCAAACAAAAUGGGCCUAACAAUCAGUAGCUUACUUACCCGGCUCUUUGGUAAAAAGCAAAUGAGAAUAUUAAUGGUAGGUUUGGAUGCUGCUGGAAAAACUACAAUAUUGUACAAAUUGAAGCUUGGUGAAAUUGUCACAACAAUACCUACCAUAGGAUUCAAUGUUGAAACUGUUGAAUACAGAAAUAUAUGCUUCACGGUGUGGGAUGUCGGUGGUCAGGAUAAAAUCAGACCACUCUGGAGACAUUACUUCCAAAACACACAAGGCCUCAUUUAUGUUGUUGACAGUAAUGACCGUGAACGUAUCGCUGAGGCGGAACGUGAAUUAGCAAACAUGUUGAAAGAAGAUGAACUGAGAGAUGCAGUUCUCUUAGUAUUUGCUAAUAAACAGGACUUACCAAAUGCUAUGUCAGCAGCUGAACUUACAGAUAAAUUAGGACUUAAUUCAUUACGUGGCCGUCAUUGGUAUAUUCAAAGCACCUGUGCUACUCAAGGACACGGAUUAUAUGAAGGACUUGAUUGGUUGAGUAAUGAACUGGCUAAAAAGUGAUAAAGCAUUGUCGUUAUUCAUUAUCUUCAUGAACAGUUUAAUCAUUGAGCAUGGAUGUAGAAGACAGGUUGCAGUUUCCGUUUUGUCAGAUUACGCACUAUGUGUACAUGUUUAAUACCACUGUGAUUGUAAUUUCUAAGAUAAAAAUUGCUUGAAAUAACAGAAUAUAACAUGACCGACUCAAUUGUCAUGAUGCUUACACAGGUUUCAUUUUUAAAGUGACAUUUUUCAAAAAAGAUAAAACAGAAAAA